AUGGCGGGAGCGGCAGCGGCAGCGUUUUCUUCAGAUGUUUGGUUGUCGUCCGGUGUAGAUUCGAGCCAGCACCAGUGGGAGUUUUCCGUCCCGCUUACACCAAAUAGUGCCGUUCGUCGUUCUAAGUCCCGGUCUUCAUACGAGUCCACCAACCGAUCAAGACGUAAUUCUAGGGGAUCCCGUAGCUCCUCACUGUCAAAGCAUGCCUACGCACAUGAGUUAGGAUAUAUGAGUUCUCGAGGACGAAGAGAUGUUAGCCAUGGCCGGCGCGGAAGCGAAGCUGGGAGCUCGCGGGAUAUCUACGGACAGGAUGCGGCGGGUCGCAGCAUUGGCAAUGUCAGGAACUCGGAGGAUACAUAUAACGGAUCUCUAAGGAAGAGUGAACUGAAGGAGGGUGCCGGACCAUACCCGGAAGCCACAGACGAUACAAACUGGAUCCACCGUGACAAACUAGCGAAAAUCGAAAGUGAAGAGCUGCAGCAGAUCCUCUUCCAGCGCCGAGUAGGGUCAGGGAGUAUUAGGUCCGGGCGUGGGAGACAUCAUGAUAUGCACCACAAUGAGGUUACGACACCGCCGAUAGAACAAAUGGAGCCCUGGCCAAACCUGGAAGGUCAGCAAGAUAUCACUUGCUCCCCGACCGAUCUUGAUAAUAACGCACGCGGCAACUGGGACCUUCGCAAGCCUGAGGAGAUCGCGGCGGACGACGGCGCAUCUAACAUCUACCACAACCCUGGUCUUCGUAAGAGCUCGUCUCGAAUUCCCAUUCCCACUACUAGCACCGCGCCUACGAACCGCUCACGCGCGAAUACGAUUAGUGAUGAGGAGGCCCUCUCAUUUGGUAUGCCUCGCAGGGCUAGUGAGCCUAUCCCAGUGGAUUUGACAGAUGCCUCGCCUCCGGCUGCUGGGAGCCGGCCUGCUAGCCCGGGUGUUCAAGCCCAGAUUAACGCAGCUAAAAAGACGCCCGCUAAGGGUGCAGCUGGCACUGGAGCUCGGAAAACCUCCGCUCCUGCGUCAACAAGGAGGCCGCCGCCCCGAAGUCGUACUACAUCCAAUAACAAUUCUCAGCGUCAGGGGAAGCCGGGUGAUCGUCCGAAAACUGCUGUCAACCGCCCUGAAGGGGACCCCCCGUGGCUGGCGACCAUGUAUAAGCCAGACCCGCGUCUACCCCCAGAUCAGCAAAUGCUGCCCACUCAUGCGAAACGGAUGCAGCAAGAGGAGUGGGAGAAAGAGGGCAAGACACCCACUACGUACGAUCGCGAGUUUGCUCCGUUAGCGGUUGGCCAUGAUGGCCCAAGGCCUGUGGAGAAUAUUGAGAAGGUGGAGGAUCCAGAGAAAAAAGUAGAGCCCACGCCUUCGCAGCUCCAGCCAGAACCACCAAGCGCACCGAAGACCCCAGACCCGAUCACCCGACCCAAUACGGGCACAGGGUAUAGUCCUAUGCCCAAACUGCAAGAGCCUUCCCCAGCGGCUCCGCAAGCGGCAUUGACACCCAAAUGGAGUCCGCCCGUUGUAACGGCCGAGCCACCGCCGCCAAAGGAGAAGGGUUGCGGAUGUUGCAUUGUGAUGUGA